UGUCGUUAUUCCAUGAUGUCACCUACGAGUUUUGGAAUUAGAUGUGGCGUCAAUUGACGUUACUAUGCUAUCUAGGCGGUGCUGUAAAGCUUAAUCGCUGCGUCCGGUUUCGUCCGCUAUCUUUUCUUUACUUCUUUUCGACCUCAUGUAAUAACUUGUCGAUAUCACACCACCAUCUCAACUCCAUUUAUAGCUUCAUGACUUCCACAACGAAACACAUUGUUACCUACGUCUACAAUUACGCUCGCCUCUAAGGUUCACGACAAGCAAUAUCCCAGUCAUCAAGAUGUUUGGUUUCGGCGCAACUGCGUUCAAAGCAGAAGACAUUCCCGACCUUUCAGGCAAAGUCAUUCUGGUCACUGGAGGCAAGAAGCUCUCUUUUAUGUCCCGUGUAAAAUGUCCUAAGCCGCGCACAGGAAACUCGGGAUUGGGCGCCGAAAGCAUUCUACAAUUGGCGAAGCAUAACCCUUCUAAGAUCUACCUGGCUGCCCGCACAAAAGCCAAAGCCAACGCCGCAAUCGCAGCAAUCAAGGAGAAGGUUCCCAACGCUGCAAUCACAUAUUUAGAGCUUGAUCUGAGCUCCUUCGCUUCCGUCAAGAAGGCCGCAGAUGCCGUCAUACAGUCUACUGGACGCCUCGACAUUCUCCUAAAUAACGCAGGCAUCAUGGCCACACCGGCAGGCCUAACGAAAGAUGGCUACGAGGUUCAAUUUGGAACUAACCACAUGGGCCAUGCACUGCUCACGCGGCUGUUACUCCCGACGCUCCAGAAGACUGCGAAAGAGCAGGGUGCAAGCGCGGACGUCCGCAUCGUGAAUCUAAGCUCCAAGGGCCACAGAUGGGCUCCGGAAGGCGGUCUUGUGCUCGACCAAUGCAAGACAGACAUGGCUAGCACUGCGACUUUCGUUCGAUACGGUCAGUCAAAGCUCGCCAACAUUCUCUAUACCAAAGCGCUUGCAGCCCGAUAUCCUGCCAUCAAGUGCAUCUCUGUGCAUCCAGGGGCCGUUGAUACGGGACUUGUGCGUGGGCCAGGCGAGUCGUGGCCGGUUUUAGUAUGGCCCAUGUGGUUUAUCAUUCAGUUCACCGCUGUGAGCGUGGCGCAUGGGGCAUUGACGCAGUUGUUUGCUGCGACGAGUAAGGAUGCUAAGACGGGGACUUAUUAUGUCCCGACCGCGCAAGAGAACGCAGGAUCUGCUUACGCACAAGAUGAGAAGCUUGUGGAUGUGCUGUGGGAUUAUACGGAGAAAGAGCUGAAUGCCGCGGGUUAUUAGGUAUUGCGAAGGUUGAUUUUUGUGAUUUCGGCGCUGUUUGAGUUUUUUAGAAGCGUGUGGGUAGAACAGACGGGUGGG